AAAGUUUUGUUACUCAUCACCAUCGUUGAAAUUAUAUUCGCCGCGUGAGAAAACCGCUGUUGCUAAUUUAAUAAAUAUAUUUUAAACCAUUCACUGUAUUACCAAACAAUUAAUUAAAUAUGCAACCACAAAUUGUACUUUUAAAAGAAGGUACUGACACCUCUCAGGGCAGACCGCAACUCAUAUCCAACAUCAAUGCUUGUCAAUCCAUCGUGGACGCUGUGCGCACCACAUUGGGACCGCGCGGCAUGGACAAGCUAAUUGUUGACGCUUCGGGGAAGGCGACAAUUUCAAACGAUGGUGCUACAAUAAUGAAGCUUUUGGACAUUGUGCAUCCUGCGGCUAAAACACUUGUCGACAUAGCGAAAUCACAAGAUGCUGAAGUUGGUGAUGGUACCACAUCAGUUGUGCUUUUGGCAGGUGAAAUUUUGAAGCAAGUUAAACCGUUUGUUGAAGAAGGUGUGCAUGCUCGUAUCAUUAUUAAAGCUAUUCGUAAGGCGCUCCAAUUGUGCAUGACCAAGAUCAAUGAGAUGGCUGUACAUGUUGAGGCUCAAUCAAAGGAGCAGCAACGUGCGUUAUUAGAAAAGUGCGCUGCCACAGCUAUGUCUUCAAAACUAAUUCACCAGCAGAAGGAUUUCUUCUCCAAAAUGGUGGUAGACACCGUACUCUCCUUGGAUGAGUUGUUACCCUUGAAUAUGAUUGGCAUCAAAAAGGUAUCUGGUGGAUCAUUAGAGGAAUCCGAACUUGUAGCUGGUGUUGCUUUUAAAAAGACAUUCUCUUAUGCUGGUUUCGAAAUGGCACCGAAAUCAUAUAAAAAUUGCAACAUAGCUCUAUUGAACAUAGAAUUGGAACUAAAAGCCGAACGCGAUAAUGCCGAAGUGAGGGUGGAUAAUGUUAAAGAGUACCAGAAAGUCGUUGACGCCGAGUGGCAAAUUUUAUACAAAAAACUUGACAAAAUUCACGCAUCUGGUGCUAAUGUUGUAUUGUCCAAAUUACCAAUUGGUGACGUUGCUACACAGUAUUUCGCAGAUCGUGACAUGUUCUGUGCAGGUCGUGUACCUGAAGAAGAUUUGAAGCGUACAAUGAAGGCUUGCGGCGGCGCUGUUAUGACCACUGCCAACGAUAUAAACGCUUCUGUAUUGGGUCAUUGUGAAUAUUUUGAGGAACGUCAAAUUGGUGGAGAACGUUUCAACUUUUUCCAAGGUUGCCCAAAUGCCAAAACAUGCACAUUGAUUUUGCGUGGAGGCGCCGAACAAUUCCUUGAGGAAACCGAACGCUCACUACAUGACGCUAUUAUGAUUGUGCGUCGUACAAUUAAGCAUGAUUCUGUCGUUGCUG